AUGGAGCUUGUGGGAACCAUGUCUGAGGGAGAAUGGAGCUCUUUCAGUGGCAUGUACUCCACUGAUCAGGAGGCUGAUUUCAUGGCCCAUUUGCUGAACUUUCCGAAUGAGCUCGAGGGGGGUUCAAACUUGGGAGUCUCCUCUGCUUUUUGGCAUGGCCAUGAAUCUUCAAUGAACAUGGCAGCCUCUGGAGACGGUCCAUUCUACCCUUAUUCUGAAAAUAAUAAUUCUAGUUUGUACUGUAAUUCACAAGGGAGUAGUUAUAGUGGCGGUAGUAGGGGUAGUAUGCUCUUCCCCACUUCAAGUCAUGAAGGUUACCAAUAUUUGGGUGAUUCUCAUCAACUUUUUGUGGCAAAUAAUAGCUCAAUGCCAAUGGAAUUUUGCACAGAGGAAGCAAAACAUGACAGCUUCGCGGAUCAGGUCAUUGCUGACAAUCCAAUGGGAUAUGCUGACGACUGCUUGAACCAAGAGAUGAGCAGCGACAAGUCGGAAGACUCUGGUGGAAAUCUCCCUAAUCAACAUGUUCUUUCCGACAAGGUUUUGCAUCCGGAAAGAGAAUCCGAGUUCCAAGCACCUAAACCUUCCGCAGAGGCCAAGAACAGCCCACCAGAGAAUUCCAAGAAGAGAACUCGGAUUUCUGGAGACGUCCAAAAGAACAAGAGAAAUGUUAAGUCGAAGAAAAAUCCGAAGCUCAUAUCAACCAACAACAGUGGUGAUCAAGACAACAAUGCUGGGCUUAAUGGGAACAGCACCAGCAGCUGCUGCUCAGAAGAUGACUCCAUUGGUUCACAGGAGCUGACUGGAGGUGUGACUUCGAGUUCGAGCUUAAAAGGGUCUGCCACCCUCAACACAAACGGCAAAACAAGAGCCAGUAGGGGUUCAGCCACUGAUCCGCAGAGCCUCUAUGCAAGGAAAAGAAGAGAGAGAAUAAAUGAGCGAUUAAGGAUCUUGCAGAACCUUGUCCCCAAUGGAACAAAGGUUGACAUUAGCACAAUGCUUGAAGAAGCUGUCCAGUAUGUCAAGUUCUUGCAACUUCAGAUCAAGCUCCUCAGCUCUGAUGAUCUAUGGAUGUACGCACCGAUUGCUUACAAUGGAAUGAACAUUGGCCUUGAUCUGAAUAUCGCCACACCAAGAUGA